AAUGCAAUUGAUUUUUGCACCUGCGAGUUCGACCUUGGUCUCGUCCGUGGUCGCAACGCAGCGCCACAUCACACAUCAGUCAUGCAUGGUCAGUCGGCCAUGAUACGGUCAACACCGGCAUUAAGGCCCAGGUUACGGCCUCGAUUCCUCUGUCGGCAAUGCCGUGCGAUCCAGAUCUCGGCUGCGCCCUCUACCAUCACUCCCAAACAUAGCAGGGAUUUACUGGGAGCUCCCGGCCAGGCCCAUACAAGGAGAGAUACUGCGGACGCCAGCUUCGAAGUACUCGGAUCGCCAUACUCGCUCCUCUCCGUCAGCCUUUCGCCUUCCCAAAAGCUCUACACAAGAAGAGGUACCUUAGUCUCGGUUGCCGGCAAAGUUGAAAAUGCCCAAUCAACGCUAUCCCUCCUCUCGCCCCUCCGCCGCGCCCUCCUGGGCGUUCCGUUCCUCUAUCAGCGCAUAACCUCCACAACCCCGAUAACCGCACUGAUCGGCACCGCCUCCCCGAAUACCACCUUCUCGAUCCUUCACCUGGAUGGCACGACCGACUGGAUGGUGACCCAGCGUAACGCGCUCCUAGCAUGGACCGGCCACACCCUCGUACCUUCUCCCCGCGUCCAACGCGGGCUGUCGCUUGCGCACUGGGGAAGCACACACCUUACAGGUAGGGGAUUGGCUGCGCUCUCCAGUCCCGGCCAGGUAUACCAGGUGACGCUGGCCGAGGGCGAGGAGAUAGUACUGCAUCCAAGCCACGUCACAGCCUACUCGAUCGACAAGAACCCCCCGCUGCCGUUCCGAUUGCGCAGCGCCAGUCCAUUGAGGGUGCAGAUCCCCGCCCUCCCGGCCUCGAUGACCAACUUCAUGACCACCUUAGUACCAACUCGACUAUCCAACUUUAUGACCGCGAUGCGUGACACGGAUUUGUACAAGACGAUCGCCCGCGCUCUAUUCGGCCUUCGGACAGCAACGAGGAGAUCCAUCAGGGGCGACCGGCUUUUCCUGCAGUUCCGCGGCCCUGCAACGAUUCUGAUGUCGAGUAGGGGUGUGCGCGUGACCGAAGUGCUGACCAACGACGACGUCAACGAGAUUGCUGAUAGCGAGGCUGGCGUGGCCGCGCGCGCGGUCGAGCUCGCCACUAAGCCCGAGCCCAAUGUGGAAGCACCCGAAGUCACACGUGGCAAGAUUACUGGCAUCCAUGUUGCGAGCGUCGGUAAGGAUGGAAAGGUCAAGUUUGAGGACGCGAAGGGUCUGAACGAUUUUGUUGGUUAAGGAUUAGACUAGGCCUUUCAGCUCAGCCAGAGAGUCCUUCCUUGUGUAAUAUUGACAACCGUUCCAUAUGUACUAAUAUCUGAUGAAAGGCCAAGGAAUAAAUUGCCUCGGGUUUGCAAGAAGCCUGCGAUUUGUUUAUAGAUUUUCUACCUAUGAUCAUUUGUGACUCUUACUCGGCUAUAUGAUUGUAUUGUUGAUAUAUACAUACUUUUGAGGUUUGCUGGGCGUUGGAACAAAAUAUAUGAUUGAGUUUACAGG